ACUGAGCGAUCUUGGCAUCCAGCUACAAAGAACCGAGAAAUCUGCUCAGUAGACUCUUGCUUUGGCUCUUGGGGAAAAAAAAAAGGAUGUCCUAGCAGUGUCGAAGGACAGUCUCUGAGUUAUGGCGAUCAGCAGCGCUGCGUGUUCCUUCUGCGAUGCUCUAAGAUAGACUAACCACGCGAUUUGUCCUGAGAUAUGAACUCCUGACCAUGGGGGACUGGAACCUGUUGGGCAGCAUCCUUGAAGAAGUGCACAUCCACUCCACCAUAGUUGGCAAAAUCUGGCUCACAAUCCUGUUUAUAUUCCGGAUGCUGGUGCUGGGAGUGGCUGCUGAAGAUGUCUGGGAUGAUGAGCAGUCUGAGUUCGUCUGCAACACGGAACAACCCGGCUGCAGCAAUAUCUGUUAUGACAAAGCCUUCCCCAUCUCUUUGAUCAGAUACUGGGUACUGCAGAUCAUAUUUGUCUCUUCUCCAUCACUAGUUUACAUGGGCCAUGCACUCUACAGGUUAAGGGCUCUUGAGAAAGAGCGACAGAAGAGAAAAGCCCACCUGCGGGCUCAGCUAGAAGAUCUAGAGUCCCUGCCCGAGGAACACAGGAGAGUGGAGAGGGAACUGCGUAAGCUGGAGGAACAGAGGAAAGUGAACAAAGCACCCCUGAGAGGGUCCCUGCUGCGCACCUAUGUCCUGCAUAUCCUUACCCGGUCAGUGGUCGAAGUGGGCUUUAUGAUAGGUCAGUAUCUUUUAUACGGGGUUCACAUGUCCCCCCUUUACAGAUGCACUCGGCCCCCUUGCCCUAACACGGUGGAUUGUUUUGUGUCCCGACCCACAGAGAAGACCAUCUUUAUGGUCUUCAUGAACAGCAUCGCCGCCGUCUCCCUUUUCCUCAACAUCCUAGAAAUCGCCCACCUGGGCCUCAAGAAGGUCCAGAAGAGCCUCUGCGGGCGGCCGUGGUGGCUGGAAGGCCCCUGCGAAGAGGAGAGCAUCCUCUACAACUCCAAGAAGAGCUCCGUGGUGCCGCCGAGCUGCCCGGCCACCGCCCCCCCUCCGCCGCCCCCCGCUCCCGCGCCCUCUCCCACAGGGCCGCCGGACCGUCAGCACCGCGGACAGCUCCGCGGCGCGCCACCUCCCCGGCGCCGCCCCAGCGCAGCUCAGCACCACGGACAGCAGCAGCCUCCCUCCUCCAGCAGCGAGGAGGCGCCGCGGGGGCCGCGCAGGCAGAGCCGGGGCAGCGACCCGGAGGAGGAGCGCGGGGACUCCGCGGGCAGCGGGCACUGCCCGGGCACACGCAAGUCCAGCUGCCUCUCCCGCGGCCUCACCGGGAGCCGGGCGGGCAGCGACAGCGAGAGCCCAGCCUCCCACGGCGGUGUCUCCGACCCCAGCCCCGGCUCCGUCUCGGGUGGGAAGAGCCAGGUGGAAGGCAGCCCGGCCGGCAGUCCGCUCCCCGCCGCCGCCACGGGGCGCCGAGUGUCCAUGAGCAUGCUACUAGAACUAUCAUCUAUUAUGAAAAAGUAAUGACUUUCCGAAGAGAAGAGAUAAAUUAAGAAUUGAGCACAAACCACCUUCAGCAGAAAGAUAAAAAGCAGAUUAUCUGUUGCUAUAUGUUCCCUGCCACUGCUGCUACGAUGUUAAAUUCAUAACAUAGUUUAAGAAAGCAAGCACUUUCUUCCUCUGUUUUACACCAGCCCCAACCAUACUGUACUCUAAUUGCUGGUGUUAACGGGUAGCUUGCUCCACAACUCCAGAUUUUUCACAUGCGGACUGAGCCUGAUCUGGUUAGUGUGUGCUGCUGCUGCAGAAAUAGCCUUGUGUCUUUGGGAGAACGUUUUGGGAUGUACAACUUGUUGUGCAUGCUAGUAGUGUUCAUAUCAGUAGCCAGCCUGAUCCAUAGAUCUUCAAGGCAGCAGAGGACCCAAGGCACCUACAAGACAGGGUUAGUUUGAUUUGAAAGGAACUUGGAAGGCUAUGUGGCCUCUGUCUCCCCAGGCUUCAGCAGCCAAUGAAUAAAAGAUGGAGACACACUCAAGGAAUCUGAAAGGACAGAGAAUUUAAGAGAGAAAAAAUAAAAAAGCUGAAGAACAUGCUGCUGUUCACCUGGCUGUGCUAAUGCAGUCCCCAAGCUCUGAUAGAGACUUUCCAUGCUAAUGUAGCAUCUUCAUAGCUAAUUCUUUCAGCUUCAAAAUUGAAACUAAGCAAAUCCAAGCAAUUUAUUUUAAGUGCGAAACAUCUGUGCUUUUCUUCAGUUUGCUGUCAAGAAGAUCUGCAAGGUAUCACCUCAGGUUCAUGAAAAUCUUACUCCUUUCACUCUGUCUUUAGUUCAUAAAGAGGAACUGAAAGAUAAACAAAGCCAAAAGGAGCUCAUUUUCACUUUGCUAGGACAGACUAGCUCUGGAGGGUUGGAUUUCUGGAGCCCAAGAAAGCAGUUCUUUCCACUUGUGUGUCUGGAAAAUAAAGCAACUUACUCUGACUGUCCCUGACCCUGUUUCUGUCCAUAUGCUUUUGGCUGCUUUUAUCUGACAAGCUUAUCAUAGCUGCAUUUGUUAUCACUUCAAUGGCAAGCAAUGCUUGGAACAAGCUCAUUUGCUGUGCCAAUUUCCCUAUGCAUAAUCCUCUAUGGCUUGACAACUCUAAGGCAAGGCUAGCAGGAAGCAAGGAAAAAAAAAGAGUCAAGAUUGCUUGAGAUUACCGUGGUUUUGUUCCAGUGCAUGAUUUACAUUCAUAUUCUGCCUCACUACAUUGAGAGUUUGCUGUGCAUUUGUUUAGUAUUUUAAGGCAAAAAAAGGAAAUACUUAAGAUGGUGGCCAAUAAGUGCCAGCAACAACUGAUCAGGGAUGGAGAAACAGCUU